GGCUGUUGGGAGUGACAUGGCUGAGGGUCAGCUUGUUUUACCACGAGGAUGUGUUUUGGGUUCAUCAGAUUUAGGUCUCUUGGCUACAGCAGGAGUCACUUCUGUCCUUGUGCACAGGUUCCCAGUUGUGUCUGUGCUUUCAACGGGAAAUGAGAUUCAAGAACCUGACAGACCUUUAGAAGCAGGCCGUAUUCGUGACAGCAAUAAAACAACUUUAUUGUCACUAAUCAAGGAGCAUGGUUUUUCAGCAUUGGACUUGGGCAUAGCUAGAGAUGAUCCACAGUCUGUUUAUAUGAAGCUAAAAGAAGCAUUAGCUAGUAGUGACAUAGUUGUGACCACUGGUGGUGUUUCCAUGGGAGAGAAGGAUUUACUGAAAGAAGUUCUUGUAGCAGAUGUUGGAGCUGUCAUCCAUUUCGGACGUGUUAAAAUGAAACCAGGGAAACCAACAACAUUUGCAACUUGUAUAUUUGAAGGGAAGAAGAAGCUUAUGUUGGGUUUGCCUGGGAAUCCUGUGUCAGCAGCUGUAACUAGCCAUUUGUAUUUGCUGCCAGCAAUGAGGAAGAUGUCUGGUUACACAUUACCAUUGGGCACAACAAUUAAAGCAACUACUGCUGAAGAUAUAGUCCUGGAUCCAAGACCGGAGUAUCACAGAGCAGUGUUGACUUGGCUGCCUCACACUCCUGUCCCUAGAGCAGUGAGCACAGGGAAUCAGAUAAGUAGUCGAUUGCUGAGCUUCUCAUCUGCCAACUGUCUCCUGAAUCUUCCUGGCAAAACAGAACAAUUAGAAGUAUUACCUGCAGGGACACAAGUGGAUGCUUUGAUUAUAGCACGUCUGUGAGAGUAGGAAAGAAAAAGAAAAGAAGAGGAUGAUGGGUGAAAAUAUGAAAACAGAGGAGAAAUAGAGUUUUCCCAGAAUGUCACAACAGAAAACAUGCUUAAAAGGACAGGAAGUAAAUAAAAAGACCACUGAUUGAUAUACAGCAUGUACAGUAAAGUUUUGAAAACUGAGCAUAAUUGAUGAAUGUACAAGGUGGUUCAAAUAUGACCAGGAUUGAUUAAAAAAAAAA